GAGGCUGCAAAUUUAAGAGAAGUAUCGUUUGUAAUUUUGUGUAUAGAAAAUUCGAACGAAAUGGCGAGAAUAGCAGCCGUUAAACAAUCUUUGGAGAAGGCAUUACAUGAUGAUAACAAAUUAUGGACAAAAUAUCUCGCCAAAGUUGAAAAAAAAAUAGGAGUUGAUCGACUUUACGUUUUUUUAAGUGUUGUUGGAUUUUCAGCUUUAUAUUUGGUAUUUGGUAUAGGUCAGCAAUUAGUUUGUAAUAUCUUUGGAUUUAUAUAUCCUGCAUAUUGUUCUAUGAAAGCCUUAGAAACUCCUAAAAAGGAAGAUGAUACAAAGUGGCUGACCUAUUGGGUUGUUUUUGCAGUUUUUACAAUUGUUGAAUUUUUCUCAGAUUAUAUUUUAUGCUGGUUUCCAGUUUAUUGGCUCUUUAAGUGUCUCUUUUAUAUGUGGCUAAUGGCACCUAUUGAUCGUAAUGGCUCCUUAAUAUUAUAUCACUGUAUUAUUAGACCAAACUUUUUAAGAUACCAUCAAAAAGUUGAUGAGUUAAUAUCAUCUGCUCAAGAUGCUGUUAAAGCUGCAACUUUGCUGACAGAAAAACAAGAGUAAUUUUCUUAAUUUUAAAGGCGGCUUAAAUUUUAUAUUGCCUUCACUUUUUUUUUUAAUAAAAAAAUAAUGCCUUAAAAA